CGUAAUAACAAACAAAUCUGUCAAAUUCAUUACGAUUUUGGUCAGGAAAAAGUUGCUGGUGGUACGAAUUAUCGGAAAAAUCCGAAUUUCUUCCAUUUUCCGCUGCGCAGUUCGCCGCAUCGACAUGUCGGUCGUAAAAAUUUUCUCCCUGGCCAAACAGAGCAGCCGGAUAGUCCGUCCGGGCAUGCCGAUGGCCGGCCGCUCCUACACCAGUGCCGCUAAGGCAACCACCAUAAAACCACAAGAAUACUAUUACGUCAACAACGCUGAGCCUAGCAUGGAGAUGAGCGAUAUUACGGACCGUGCCGCGCAGACCAUUUUCUGGACCGAACUGUUCCGUGGUGCUGCCGUUACAUUGGGCCAGAUCUUCAAGGAACCGGCCACCAUUAACUAUCCGUUCGAGAAAGGACCGCUGAGUCCUCGUUUCCGCGGGGAGCAUGCGUUGCGUCGUUAUCCGAGCGGUGAGGAACGGUGCAUUGCCUGUAAACUAUGCGAAGCGAUUUGCCCGGCGCAGGCGAUUACCAUUGAGGCUGAAGAACGUGCCGAUGGAAGUCGGAGGACCACCCGUUACGAUAUUGACAUGACCAAGUGUAUCUACUGUGGAUUCUGUCAAGAAGCGUGUCCAGUCGAUGCCAUAGUGGAGGGUCCGAAUUUCGAGUUUUCAACCGAAACUCACGAGGAACUUCUGUACAACAAAGAAAAGUUGCUGUGUAAUGGCGAUAAAUGGGAGUCCGAAAUCGCGUCGAACAUCAAUGCUGACUAUUUGUACCGUUGAUAGGUUUGGCUAUGUACACUACAUUCGUACAGUUACAAAUGUUAUUAGUAAAUGCAAUUCAAUAUAACAAAUAUGAAUUAAAAUGGUUUUGAAACUAGA